AGCUUCUCUGUGGAAAAACAAUAAAGGUACCCUGUACGUGUCAACGGUAUAAAGACUUUGGCAUUAUUCGUCUCGACGUAACUGAGGCUCUUGCUGCGAGCGUGUGUUCAAUCGAAAACUGAUAUUCGCAACCAGCCGUGUUGUGACGGGGGCUGCUCUUCCUUUGAUACGCAAACGGAAAUCUGCUGUACUUUUUUAGCUUCAGUUCGGGUUUUUUUUCUCUCUUCAAAAUACAAUAUAUACAUAUAUAUUUAUCAAUACGUGCGUGUGUGUGGGACAUAACGGAAGGGAGACUGUUGCGUUCUCGGUACGUCUGCCAACGCCGCUGAAUGCAGUACUACCAAGGGUGAAGCUGAUUUAGUGCCUCUGCCCUUGCCAAGCAAAAUACUGUUGGAAUUUCCAACGGAGCUCACGGAGAGACCUUACCUCAAGCCACGACACAAGCACACGCAUCGUUUUUUCCCUUUCUGGAGCCGUACUUCUCUCCCUCAUUGUCGCACCGGAGCAUGCAGGCGAACCGCAACCCACUCAAUCUUUCCGCCAGCAGCGCGGAAGGCUACCUGACCAUGCACGGAUAUUGGUUACAGGCACCGCUCGCCAAUCAUGACUCCAUCCUAAACUCCGACGACACCAACAGCAGCGGCAGCGUCUGUGCAUUAAAGGAACGCAACGGUGCGAGUGAGACGAUGGAUCCAUAUUACUUCCCCAAUUCAAUGCUGCCGGUCUCCUUGCGCGGUCCACUUGUGGAGGACGACGACGAGGAAGACGAGGAAGACGAGGACAAAGUGCUGGAAACGGGCGACAUCGGCGAUGGAGAGGGAGAGGGAGCGGCGUUUGAUUACUACUUUCAUCAACAGGGAAGCGGGGCAAGUGCAGGCACCGCGGCACGGCGUUCACAACUAGCGCCGGCUGCUGGCGCAGCGGAAGUGGGGUACGGUGCUGCUGCUGCCAUCGUCGAGGACGGACGGGUGCCGGUGGUGGAGGAGGAAUCGCUCGGUGAUUUGGGCGACAUCAUCGGCUACGGUGGCGACCGUGGCUCGUUUGUGUGCCGUGUCGCCUUUCCGGCCCAUCUCGAGGUUUUCCAAUCGCGCGCGCCGUCCGCGACGUCGCCGUGGUCGCUCAGCAACCCGCCACACCGUGACCGCGAAGCUUACAAACGUUACCCCACGCACAUCAGCGCCGAUGAGCUUUCCUUCGUCUUCACCGCCUACCGCUGCGCCGCCAACAGUGCGCACUGCCAGAGUGCCCACAGCCCCUUUCUCACAGUGGAGGAGGCGCAAUACGCAGCGCUGCACCUCGUGCUACCCGAUGCAGUCGUCACGCAGAACAGCAUGACGGUGGGUCUUUUAAUGCCACUGUACAACUGCAGCCUCAAAGAGUUUCUGCAGAGCUUUCUGCUCAACUCGCACAGCGGCAGCAAGUCGAUAGGAGACUCGGCGAUGUCGAGCACCUAUCUCGAGGACACCUUCUCCUCCGAAGACGGCCCCCGUGGUGCCUUCAACAGCGCGGUGAAGUAUCGCCCCAUCGACUCCGUCGAGGUAAUCUGCUGCAUCGCGUUUCAGGUGCUGGAGGCCAUCGCCUACUUGAAUCACCGACUGCCGCACGGCGACGCCUUCAGCGGCUACACACACAACGACUUGCACCUCGACAACGUACUCGUCUCCUACGACGGCGAUGUCGCGCUCUGCGACUUUGAGUUGGUCUCGUCAACGCCGUACCCGACGCACAACCCGGAGAUACGACGCCUUCCCCCGGCCACGCGGCAGUCCCCGCACGGGCUGUUCAGCGAGACCGCCGACACAUGGGCGUUUGGGCUCAUGCUGGUCGGUUUGCUGACGGGCGUCGAUCCGCUCUUCACGACCAGCAUUGUGAACGACUUUAGCGACGGCCCGUUGCUCAGUCGGUGGGACCGCAGUGAGUGCGUGCUCGACUGGGAGAACAACAUCAAAGCCCACGUGGAGGGGCUGCUGCUCCUGCAGGACCCAACCGGCCGGCGGCUGAGUGAAGCGGAGAGCAUUUUGAGUAUUUGUAGCAAGUGUCUCGUGAACCGGAGAGGCGCAGAACCACUGCGUGCGAUUGAUCUUUUGGAGGAGCCCAUGUUCCAGGUCUAUCGACGAGACUUUCGUCUGGCAACUCGUACAAUCAAGACAUGGACAGCCGACAAACAUUAG